AGUUCCCGCCCACCUCUCCCUCGGACCAAUGAGCGGAAACGGCACAGCAUCCUCCAGGGCCGCUGGAGUUCGCGGGAAACCGGCUGUAUUUGGCAUACAACAAGCAAAAUUUGACCGGGGACUAAACAGCUUUGCUUGAUACGAAAUUAGUGUGUCAUCAACUGAUGUAUUUUAAACUAUUACGGUUACGAGCGGCGCAGUGACACAUCUUAAAUCGCCGUCUUUGUAGGACCGCUGGCCCGGCUGCUAUGCUAACAUCCGACGCUCGUUAGCUGUGUUGUCACAUUGGCUAACAGGAGCUCUGCUUCAUGCGACUGGACAGAGAAAAUACUGCUCACUAGAAAAAGACAAAGGGCUGCCGCAGUCAGGCACGAAAUAGACUGUUAAAAUGAGUCUGUUCAAUUUGGAUCGUUUUCGUUUCGAGAAGAAGGGAGCGACAGAAGCGAACAAAGACCACGAUAGCGGCUCCAAAAGUCCAGAAUCUGAGAAGGAGAACAAGCCAGCUCAGAUGAAACCUGUCAAAGCCCCACCAAAGUCCCAUGCUAGAGGAGUGGUUUUUGAGGAAGUCCUCUCUAUUGACUUAGAGGAGGAUGAGGUCCUUUCUGAACCAAAGACCAAAAUAACAUCAACUAGGAAAUUCACGAAUCCCACAGGGAAAUCAUCCAGAAAUGUGGUAUCGGAUCAUACGGAUGAUGAGGACAAUGAACUGGAGGGAAAAAUCAACAGACUACUGGAGAUGUUUCCUCAGGUAACAAGGAAGGAGGCCAAGGAGGUCAUUGCAAGCACAAGCACAUUGGAUGGGGCUGUAGCUGUCUGCCUUUUAAAGUUUGGUGAUAAAGAAGCCCCAGAUCAAGGCAGGAAGAGAAAACUGGAUGGAUCCAGCAGUUCUCAGGAGAGUGGUAAAUUUCAACCCAGCAAGAAGAGGAGACCAUCAGUGCAAGAGAACUCUGAUGAAGAAGAGAGUGAAGGUAAAGAGCCGAGUUGGGAAAGGCAGGAGGCCAUGGUGAGAAGACUGCAGAAGAAGUUUCCUGACCAGGACAAGGAGGAGCUGCGGAUGGUGCUGCAGGAACACGACUGGAAUGUUGAGGACGCUCUGCAGGUUCUGCAGAUGUUCUCAGACCCAGAUAAUACCAGCUUCAGCUCACCGGAGUCAGAAGAAAAGAAAUCCAGCAAAUCAAAGAGCAAAGACAAGUCAAGCAGGGACCACAGAAAGUUGAAUCGCCACAAUGGUCAUGGAGACAGUAAAAACAGGAAUGACCGUAAGGACUCUAAAAACCAGAGACAUGUCAGUGAAACAGAGGAAGACAGUACAGAUGAUUCAGAAGCCACGAAGGACAGCGAGGACGAAUCAGGCUCAGAAGACGGAGAAGGUUCCAAACACAGAAGUGGCACUUCCACUCUAUCUACAUGGAUUAAAAAAAGUUCUGACACUGUGUUGUCGUCCUCCUCUGUCAAGAAAAAAACUACCUCUUCCUCCCUGCCGUCGUCCUCUUCUUCUGCUGCCCAGAUGCUGUCCAAGUUUGCCAGUGGGACCAGCAUAGCUAAGAAUCAGGCAGCAGAGAGAAAGAGAAAGGCCCGCGCCUCAGAUGAACAUGUCAGUUCUGAGGGGGAAGACGACGAUGAAGAGGACACAGUUAGCAGCGAGUUUGAGGACUCAGAUGAUGAGCUGGACUCUAAAGGUGGCAUGACUGAAAUAAAGAAGGAGAUACUCGCCUUCUUCCAGGACGCAUCGAUAGAUGAGCUGUCGCUGAUCGCUGGGUGUUCUGUUAAAAAGGCCCAGAAAAUUGUGGAACUGAGACCCUUCGAUAGCUGGGAAAGCCUGAUUGAAGUCUUUCAUAAGGAAAAUGGACUCUCAGAGGAUUUACUGCUGGGCUGCAGAGUUGUCCUCAAAGAGAGGAAGGUUGUCUUGGGGCUCAUGUCCAAAUGUGAGACCAUUUCUUCAAAAAUGGUCAAACAGGUCACUGAAGUGAUGGAGAAGGGCACAGGGGCCAUGAAACAGCCCAGUGUACUCAACAGCCAGUUCCAGAUGAAACCCUAUCAGCUGAUUGGUCUUAAGUGGCUGCUGCUUCUGCAUGAGCACAAGCUGAGUGGUAUCCUUGCUGAUGAAAUGGGUUUGGGGAAAACUAUCCAGGCCAUAGCAUUUCUGGCUCAGUUAUACCAGAAUGGAAUAGAGGGUCCUCAUCUCAUCACUGUGCCAUCCUCUACACUCGAUAACUGGGUCAGGGAGCUGAAGCUGUGGUGUCCAAGCCUCAGCGUUCUAGUCUAUUAUGGAUCUGUGGAGGACCGCCGCUACCUCAGACACGACAUCCUCAAUGAAGAUGUUGACUUCAACGUCAUAGUGACCACGUACAACUUGGCCAUAGGGAACGAUUAUGAUCGCAGCCUUUUCCGCAAGCUGCGUCUUAAGUAUGCUGUGUUUGAUGAAGGUCACAUGCUGAAGAACAUGAACUCCCUCCGCUACCGCCACCUUAUGGCUAUUAAUGCAGAGCAUCGCUUGCUGCUGACAGGAACUCCUUUACAGAACAACCUCUUGGAGCUGAUGUCUCUCUUGAACUUCAUCAUGCCUUCUAUGUUCUCUAGCUCCACUACACAGCUCUCCAAAAUGUUUUCUAUGAAAUCCCAUGAGGAGCAGAGCCGCUUUGAAAGGGAUCGUAUUUCUCAGGCCAAACUCAUCAUGAAACCCUUUAUCCUCCGAAGAGUCAAGAGCGAGGUCCUCAAGCAGCUGCCAGCAAAGGAGGAGAAGGUAGAGUUCUGCUCAAUGAGUGAGAAACAGCAGGCUCUCUACCAGACCCUCUUUAAAAAGCUCAAGACUUCUACCAAUGGCGAGAAGCGUGAGUUGUGUAAUGUGAUGAUGCAGUUGAGGAAGAUGGCCAACCACCCACUGCUUCACAGACAGUAUUACACCACAGAAAAGCUCAAAGCCAUGAGCAAACUCAUGCUCAAGGAGCCAACUCAUUUUGAUGCAGAUGCUGCUCUGAUCCAGGAGGACAUGGAAGUGAUGUCAGACUUUGAGCUGCAUCGUCUGUGCCAGCAGUACUCCUCCAUCAGCUCCUACCAGCUUGAAAACAAUCUCCUGCUUGACUCUGGGAAAUUCCACCACCUCACUGAGCUGCUGGCCUCUCUUAAAAACAAGGGGGAUAGAGUGGUAUUAUUCAGUCAGUUCACCAUGAUGCUGGACAUUGUGGAAGUACUGCUGAGACAUCUCAAGCAUCGUUACGUCAGACUGGACGGAUCCACACCCAUAGCUGACAGGAUCGUGUUGAUUGAUGAAUUCAACACAGACCCUGACAUAUUUGUGUUCCUGUUAUCAACACGUGCUGGUGGCUUGGGCAUCAACCUCACCUCAGCUAAUGUUGUCAUUCUACAUGACAUCGACUGCAAUCCCUACAAUGACAAACAGGCAGAGGACAGGUGUCACCGUGUAGGCCAGACCAGGACUGUGCAGGUGAUUAAGCUGAUCUCUAAGGACAGCAUAGAGGACUGCAUACUGCAGCUGGGCCAGAAGAAACUAAAGCUGGAGCAGGACAUGACUACUGCUGAACAGGGUGAGGGAACCAUACCUGAAGAUAUGGCUUCUUUGCUCAAAGCUUCACUGGGACUGUGAUACGCAAACAAAUGAAACUUGAGACUGGUCAAAUAACAUUUUUGAUGGCAUUCCUGUGAUCCUGUGCAGACUUCAGUGCUCUGACUGAACAUACCACUUUUGCGUCUAUACUGGAAAACUACUGAGAACCAUAUGCUGCCGUGAAAAAGUUCUGAUAUUGAGAUCUGAUUGACUGUGUAGCAUGCUAGCUGUGCCUAAAACACUAUUUUUACAUGCUCACAGUUUUUGCUCAUACUUUGUCUACCAAAUGAGUACAUAAAGGCUAAACAAAGAUUUUGCCUUUUUAAAUAUUAUGCACUCCACAUGUUACGCGAGAGGCUUCAAACUGUAGAAACUUGAAAUAAGGUGGUGUUAACAAGUUCAGACCAAACUCAUUAAUGCAACAUGUGUUGGAGUACACCAUCAAAUUUGUGAUACUCUAUAUGUUAUGACUGAAACAAAGUAUCAGAGUUUAAGUUCACAUAACCUAUGUGAUGUGAACGUAGCCUUGUAUUACUCACAUUUAGAUAACUGUACUGUAUACUGGUAAGUACGAAGAGAAUGCUGAUGAAAUAUUUUAAAUUGUUGUAUGGAAAAUGUGCUCACAUACUGAAAUAGGUGGUGCACCGAAAAUGGUAGAUUUUCUUUUGCCAUCCCUCAUACCAGACAGUAUCCCAUCUUGCUGGUUCUUAUAAAAAAUAGUUGUUUACAUCCAAGUGUUUCUGUUGUGACAUUUUAACAGCAGCAGGCAGAGUAAUUAUACUGAAAAUGUUGCUAUUCACAUUGAUUUCCUCCGCUACUGUUCAAUUUUUUGGCAGUUGUGGUUGCAUCAAAAAAUCAGCCAAGUAUCUGGAAAAUUAUGUUUUCCGUCACUGUAAGCGUAAUGUGUUGAGUUUCAUCCUGAUGUCACGUUUUAAGUCUAACUCUGUCACCAUCAGUGACAUUUGUCAGCAAAGAGGUAUUUAAAAUAUAACAUAGAAUGUCUUACAUAAAUAUGGUGCUUGAAUUGGUUUCUUUGCUGUUUUUCCCCCAUUAAAUAUUUUGAGCCAAGUGACAAAGAAAAUGAUGAGUUAAGGAAGCAGCUGCUGCAUCAAUGUACUGUAUAAGUGGCUAAUGUGUUGUAAGUGUACAAGUGUUAUUGUAAAAGCUUUUACUAAGUCAUUUGUAUGUUUUUUAGGUUCCUGUUUGAACUGAAUAAUAAAUAUUGGAAUAAA